CAAACUGCCAUCUCCAGCCAAGACGCCAACUUUUGUUGUGGUUGGUUGCCAUGGAAUCCGUGUGUAAACAACGCACCUGCAUUUAGGAAUUUCUACCAACUAUGCAGGAUUAGUCAAUUCGACUUCUGCAACAAUGAGGGGCGUUCUCAAGUGGCUGGAACGCAUAGAGUUUCCCAAUAGCAAAGACAACGAGAUCAGUGUCCACAAUGUGUGCUACGCACCAGAUGGCAGCCAAUUGGUGGUGGCUGCGGGGGAUCGGUUGCUCAUCUACGAUCCAAACGAUGGCUCCUUGCUGAACACCUUGAAGGCGCAUAAGGACACGGUCAAUUGUGUGGCCUACUCGCGGGAUGGCAAACGAUUCGCCAGCGGAGCCUCCGACAAAAUGGUCAUCGUGUGGUCACCGCAGCUCGAGGGACUGCUCAAGUAUUCGCACGGUGACUCCAUACAGUGCAUGAGCUUCAAUCCUGUUUCGCACCACCUGGCUUCGUGCUCCUUGUCGGAUUUUGCCUUUUGGUCGGCCGAUCAGAAGGCGGUGCAGAAGUACAAGAUAUCCGCGCGUGUCAAUGGCUGCUCGUGGACCAAUGAUGGACAGUACCUGAUCCUGGGCCUGGCCAAUGGCACCAUAUCCAUUAGGAACAAGUUGGGCGAGGAGAAGGGGAGAAUCGAUCGGCCUGGUGGGCCCAACAGCAACGUCUUUAGUGUCCAAUGCUGUCCGGCCUGCGGUCCUGGCAGUGUGGACACCAUUGGUGUGGUGGACUGGAGCCAAACGCUAUCCUUUCACACUCUGAGCGGCCAGAUGAUAGGCAAGGAGCGAACCCUGGGCUUUGAUCCCUUGUGCCUGCAGUACUUUCCCAACGGGGAGUUCUGCCUGGUGGGCGGCUGCACCGGAGGUUUACACUUCUUCACCAGGGAGGGUAUUCGGCUGGGUACGCUGGGCGAUACCUUUGACACCUGGAUCUGGACAGUCGCCCUACAUCCAAAUGGCCAAUCCUACACCAUUGGCUGUCAAGAUGGAACCCUGGCCUGCUUCAACAUUGCGUCUAGUACCGUGCACGCCCUAUACCGCGAGCGCUAUGCCUUCCGGGAAAACAUGUGCGACGUGAUCAUUCAACACCUGAUCUCUGGCCAAAAGGUGCGCAUCAAGUGUCGAGAUUUGGUUCAGAAAAUAGCCAUCUAUCGGAAUCGACUGGCGGUUCAGUUGCCGGAACGUGUGGUUCUCUAUGAGCUGAGCUCUGGAGAGGAUCAACCCAUGCACUAUAAAGUGCGCGAGAAGAUCCAGAAGAAGUUCGACUGCAGCUUGCUAGUGGUUUGUAGUCGUCACAUUGUCCUGUGCCAGGAGAAGCGUCUCCAAUGUCUGGAUUUCAUGGGUGUCCUGCAGCGAGAAUGGAUUAUGGACUCGUUCAUAAGAUACAUCAAAGUUACCGGUGGCCCUGUGGGAAGAGAAGGGCUAAUGGUGGGCUUGAAGAACGGCCAAGUGUUCCGAAUCUUUCUCAACAACUCACUACCGCUGCUCAUCACCACUGCUGUGUCUGCUGUUCGCUGCCUGGAUAUCAAUUCGAAGCGCAGCAAGAUCGCAGUUGUGGACGAUGUGGGUCGCCUGGUUGUGCGGGACAUAAUCAACGAUACAAUUCUGUACCAGGAUACGGGUGUAAACAGCGUCACUUGGAACACGCACCUGGAUUCGAUGCUCUGCUAUACCCACACAACAGGCGGAUUAAGCGUUCGGGUGGGGAAUCUGCCGCCGAGGGCACCACAGAACAUGCAUGGCGUGGUGGUGGGCCUUUGCGGAGCCACUGCCUUUUGCCUGCGCGGAAAUAUUAUGCACAACACGCCUUUGGCUCUUGGUUCCACCAUGUGGCAGUUCAUCGAAGCUGGAUUGUUUGACGAAGCCUACCAGGUCGCCUGCCUGGGCGUGACCACCAGCGACUGGGAAGGAUUAGCUCAAUCCGCUUUGGAGGCACUGCACAUCAAUAUCGCCCGCGAUGCCUACGUCAAAGUGAGGAACCUUCCGUGGCUCAAGCUCAUCGGCGAGCUACGAGAUCAGCAACAGCGAUCGGCGGUUCCUAAGGAGGUGCUUCUUGCAGAGAACUGCGCCUUUGCUGGCAAGUUCAAGGAGGCAGCUCGUCUAUUUCUCAAAUGCGGCCAGUCGUCAAGAGCACUUGAAAUGUACACAGAUCUACGUAUGUUCGAUUUAGCCCAGGAGUAUAUCAAGGACGGUACCGACCAGGAGAAGAAGGAACUGGUACGCAAGCGAGCGGAAUGGGCCUAUUCGGUGAAGGAGCCACGAGCUGCUGCGGAACUAUUGCUCUCAGCUGGCGAAAAUCAGAAGGCUAUUGACAUUGUUGCAGAGCAAGGAUGGGCCGAUGUGCUUUACGAUAUCGGACGACGACUGAGUCUUACGGAGCGCGAUGCCCUGGAAUCGGUGGCGCAGAACCUAAAGACCCUCAGAGCUCUUCCCCUGGCUGCUGAGAUUUUCAAGAAGCUGGGCGAUGAAGCCCAAGUGGUGCAACUGCACAUCGAGGUACGCGACUGGCCGGAAGCUUUCCGUUUGGCGGAAUCGCUGCCGGAACUCCUGCCCACAGUGCACUACCAGCAUGGGCAAUGGCUGGCCGAAACGGAUCAGUUUAUAGAGGCACAUCAGGCCUACAUAAAGGCAGGACGCACCAAGGAAGCCAAUCGUUUGCUCAAACAACUAAGCAAUACGGCCAUCGGGGAGGAGCGCUACCUGGAUGCGAGCUACUUUUAUUGGCUGCUGGCUAAGCAACAUUUAGAUGUAUAUCACGCCAAGGAAGAACAAAAUCCUGUUGAUCACCACCUUACGGAGUACAAAAAUCAUUUACGUGUUGCCAAGGUGUAUUAUGCCUACAGUGUCAUAUACUCUUAUAUGAAAGAACCCUUCACCACGCAUUCCCCAGUUAGCCUAUUUAACGUAAGCCGCUUUAUACUAAACGAAGUGGAGCACAAAGGUGUCCCCAAAGGAGUCAGCAUGUUUUCGGUUCUCUUCACGCUUGCCAAGCAAGCUAAGUAUUUGCAGGCCAACAAGUUGUGCCUUCUUAUUAACAAGAGACUGCAGUCUUUGAAGCCACCAGCUGGAGUCCAAGAGCAGAUUGAUCUAAAUUUCCUAAAUAGCAAGGCUUGCAAAAGUGGCUUCAACGAUCCGGAGGAGCUUUUGCCACUUUGUUACAAGUGCUCCAACUACAGUCAACAUUUGAAUAGCAAUUGCUGUCCCACUUGCCGGCAGGAUUAUAUUUUCUCAUUCGUUUCCUUCGAAAUUCUACCCCUAGUACAAUUUUAUCCAGAAGUGGAUAUAUCUGAUGCCGAGGCGGAGCGCUUGCUGCUGGCUCCUGCAAAGCACGCCGAGGAUUCGGAUCCAUUUAACGAGGAUGUGGCCAGUGCAUUGCCGUUGAGCUUGGAUCGCAAUGGCCUGCGUGCCAUAGAUCCCAAUCAUGUGCUGAUUCUUAAACGGAGGGAAAAGAAUGUGCGGAAUGUGUAUUAUCGUAAUAUAUUACCCGAUCUUCAGGUUACCUAUUGUCCUCAAUGUCUGCUGCUGUUCUAUGCGGAGGACUUUGAGCUGCAAGUGUUGCAAAAAGGCCACUGUCCCUUUUGUCACACAUCCUCUGAAAAGCUGAUGGAAGACUUUUGAAAUUGACAUAAGAAGUGUGUGCAAAUAUAUAAUUUCCGUCCAAAACUGUACAAAUAGGAACUAUACGCAAAUAAAUACGGUGUUACGCCCAGGUUUCCUCCUGA